GCAGGCGGAAGUGUGAUGGAAAACAUGGCGGCGUCCUAUGUACACACAUUUAGGGCAAACUAACUACAGGGACAGACAUUUGCCAAAGCCCGCACUGACACUGGAGACAUGUCGCAGUGAGCUGACGCUGCUGUUCGGAUGUGGCUGCUGGGCAGGACCGCGGCGCUCCGCUGCCUGCAGGCCGGCGGGAGGCAGCGGCCGCCCCGCAGACUCUCCUCCUCCGGACCCCCCUGGAGGCUGCUGUUCUUCGGGUCAGACCACUUCGCUGUGGAGUCUCUGAAACUGCUCUCAUCCAACAGGAGCUCCAGUGGGGGGGUGGUGGAGUCCCUUGAGGUUGUGGCUCUGCCGGGGGACGUCCCGGUGAAGAGGUUCGCUCUGCAGAACCAGCUCCCAGUCCACAGCUGGCCCCCCCACUCUGUGGAAGGACAGUUUGAUGUGGGGGUGGUGGUGUCCUUCGGAUGUUUGCUCCCCGAGAAGCUCAUCAACAAGUUCCCACAUGGGAUUCUGAAUGUUCACCCCAGCCUGCUGCCCAGGUGGAGGGGUCCGGCCCCCAUCUUCCACACCAUCCUGCAUGGUGACUCUGUGACGGGGGUCUCCAUCAUCCAGAUCCGCCCUCACAGGUUUGAUGUGGGCCCCAUCCUCCAGCAGGAGCUCCAUCAGGUCCCUGAAGGCUGCACUGCAGACCAGCUGGAAGCCGCCCUUUCCACUAAAGGAGCGCACCUGCUGGUUGAUACACUGAUGACUCUGUCUGAGAGAAUAGCUCAGAAAAAAGAGCAAAGCCGGACCGGAGGAACAUUUGCCCCAAAAAUCAAUACCUCCAUGAGCUGGGUGGAGUGGGAGGAGCAGACCUGUGAUCAGAUCAAUCGUCUCUACCGCGCCAUCGGCUGCAGGACUCCUCUGAGGACCACCUGGAUGGGCAGGACGAUAAAACUCCUGGAUUUUGUAGGAAGAUGUCAUAUUUCAUUAUUAGAUGAGAGGAGCAGAGUGGCCCACGGCUCAGUGAGCUAUCAGAAGGAGUCCGACACACUGGCUGUGUGCUGUAAGGAUGGCUGGGUGGGAUUCAGGUCUGUGGUCCUGAAGAAGAGGCUGACGGCAGGAGACUUCUAUAAUGGCUACCUGCACCAGACCCUGCAUAGGAAGUCAGAGUGUGACAUCACAAAAGGACUGUUUGUCAGCAGGAAACACGGAGGAGAAGCAAAGGACCUGAGAGAGAACUCUACGUCAUGAUGUUUCCUCUUUGAUAUGAACUCUGCAGAUGCCGUCAGCUGCUGGGAAUUAUUAAUGUGCUACUCUGUCUGUUUUAAGACAUCUGCAGGUACAGUAUGACUGUAUCUGAACCUUGCUUUUAUUGUAAUAAAUGAAAUCGCUGCUGACUUAUCAGGUUCAAACAGGAACUGUUUAUUUCUAUUAAAACUAAGACGGAGAACAUAUGUCACUUCAAACAUGAGCAUUGUGAGCAUGUUAGUUUGUUGAUGUUAUCAUUUAGCCCACAACCGAAGUGCAGCUUCACAGAGAUGUUGGACGGCUGGAGACGCACAUCAGGUUAACAUGAAUUAACACUGAUACAGACUACAUUUUGUAUAAGUAUAUAUUUAUGUCUGCCUUCUUUGAUUGGCUUCAAAAGUGAAUUGUUAAUUGGUCUAAUGAUGUAAUCACUUGAGUUUUGAAUAUUAAAUACAAUGUUCAGAA